ACAUGUUUGGUAUUGUGUGGACCGAAAUACAUACAGAAUACUUACGAUUGUUUAAGAAGUUCACGCGCGAAGGUUUCCUACAGACGAAACGCAGAGGGUUUUUUGUGCUAAAGUCGGAGGUUUCGUCGGAAGCGAAUGAAAAGCUGAGGUGAACAAUGACUCAGUUUCUUCCCCCGAACCUGUUGGCAUUGUUUGCCCCGCGGGACCCGAUCCCGUUCCUGCCCCAGCUGGAGAAACUUCCCCAUGAGAAACAUCACAACCAACCGUACUGCGGGAUCGCCCCGUUCAUCAGGCAUUUCGAGGACCCCAGAGAUGCACCUCCACCCACACGAGCAGAGACGCGGGACGAGAGGAUGGAGAGAAAGAGAAGGGAGAAGAUGGAAAGGAGGCAAGUUGUGGUGGAAACAGAACUGAAGCUUUGGGACCCACACAAUGAUCCUAAUGCUCAAGGAGAUGCGUUUAAGACCUUGUUUGUGGCUCGAAUUAAUUAUGACACCACAGAAUCUAAACUGCGGCGUGAGUUUGAAGUCUAUGGUCCUAUCAAACGGAUCUAUAUUGUAUACAACAAGAAAACUGGAAAACCAAGAGGCUAUGCGUUCAUUGAGUACGAACACGAGAGAGACAUGCACUCUGCCUACAAGCAUGCAGAUGGCAAAAAAAUUGAUGGACGCCGAGUGCUUGUUGAUGUUGAAAGAGGACGAACGGUCAAAGGAUGGCACCCACGGAGACUUGGUGGAGGUCUUGGUGGUACAAGGAGAGGAGGGGCAGAUGUCAACAUCAAGCACUCUGGCAGAGAUGACACUUCCCGCUAUGAUGACCGACCAAUUGGAAGUGACCGGGAUCGUGAACGCAGGGAUCGCAGUCGGGAACGAGACCGAGAGAGGGACCGUGGUGAGCGCCGUCGUUCACGAUCUCGAGAGAGACGCAGACGCACCAGGUCUCGUGAGAGGGCCAUUGCAGUUCCAGGGGAGGAGGCAGGAGGGGGAAAUCGACGCCGAGACAGGGAACGAGACCGAGGUGUUGCUGAAGGCAGCCGAGAGAGGAGUAGAGACAGAGAUAGAGAAAGAGACCGCAAGAGAAGAAGCAGGAGCAGGGAUAGAAAGAGAGACAGAGAGAGGGGGAAAGGUGCGGAUGGAGUAGAGGAAGGCAUGGGUGGGCUAAUUGAUGGCAUUAUGCCUGAAGGAGGAGAAAGGGGUAUGGAGGACCCAUUGUGUGGUGACCCAGGACGAGGUGGGGAUGGAGGGGCCGAAGGAGAGGAGAGAGGAAAGGAUCGAGACAAAGACAGGGAGAGAGACCGUGAUAGGAAGCGCAGCCACAGAGAUAAAGAUAGAGACCGAGAUCGGGAAAGACGACGAGACCGAGAUAGAGAUCGUGAGCACAAGCGGGAAAGGGGCGAUCGGGACCGUAGGGAAGACAGACACAUAUCCUCCUCAGGAGAUCAGGAGGGUUUGGGUAACGGAGGUGAAGAUGGUGAAGAGCCGUUGCCGCCACGAUCAGAAGAAGGUUCACAGGAUGGGAUGAGGAUGAGGAUGAUGGAUCAGGAUUCCAUCCAGUCAGGAGAGGGCUAUGCCUCCAAUGACAAUGGAUACAAGAUGGAGGCCCAGGGUGAUGAGUACUGAACGUGCAUCCAUUGUUUGAAUCAUCCGAGGUCCUCCAGUUGACUGGAUUCACAAAUAUCCUCAACCAAUAUUUAAUGCUUGCACUAUGUCCACAGUGUGUAAGUAUUAUACUGUCCCUGGAAAGAAGUAUCCAUUGUUAAAAUCAAAAGAUUAUGUAGUUGAACCCAGGUUAUUUAAUUUAUGGGGCUUUCUAGA